UUGGUUUUUUGCUCUGCUGAUUUCCGUCGUCCUAUUUUGUGACAGUUAAGCCAACACGGCUAUCAUGUCGUCGUCUGCCCGUUCGGCGUUGUUGAUUCCGUCUACCGUCGCUCCGCAGCUGUUGAUGUCUCCGGUUGCACCAUCGCCGCACCGGUAUUCUCGUUCAGCAUUUGAUGCUAGCGUAUUUUCAAGGCGGAAUGUGGCCGUCUUGCUCUCGUCAUUCGUGAUUCCUCUCUUCCCUUCUCUCCUCCAACCGCGCGUUGCCUCCGCGUUCUCGAUUGGCAUUUCAGGACCUAAAGAAUGGCUGCAACAGCAAAAGAAGAAAUCAGCCAAAUUUAUUUUAGCUCCAGUUGAUGCCUCGCGCAAUAUCCUCCAGUCUGCAUACCUCUUACUGAUGAAAAAUGAAGCAGAGUUUGAUGAAAAUGACUUACGUGAGAUUCAAAUGUUGUUAAUCUCUGCUGCCAGAGACUGUGUUCCUCGGGAUAGAAAUUCUUUUGUUGAGUUCCAAGCCAAUACCGGAGUUGAGGUCUGCACUUUCCGAUUAAUCGUGAAAAAUGCAUCGUCUUUGCUUGAUGAUAGAGAUCCAAUCAAGCUAGAAGCUGAAGCUAAGUUGAGUGAUCUCAUAAGAUCGUUUUCUUCUCUUAAUGACAUUGUUAGAGAGAAAGGGAUGCAACUUACUUCUGACAGCAGGCAGAGAGUUGCAAGUGCGCUUAAAGAUACAAUAUCUUCGUUAAACAAUUUCGAGCAGGGAAUAAAUGAUUGUCUUCAAGUCUGAUGGCUUUGAUUCUGGAAAAAAGCGUUUCAACUACAAACUUCUUUAGAGAAAGCCAGAUAUUGUCAAAUAGAUAAUGUGAGCUGUGGUUGCUGGCGAGCAUUGUGGCUUUUUUAUUUGGUUUAUUCUAAAUGCACCAAUUUAUCUAUCUAAUGAUAAAGAUGAUUAUAUAUAUUUGUAACAGGGGUGCCCUAAGCCUCAACAUUAUUAUGUACAUCAAAGGAUAUUGAAUGGC